UUUUUUAACAACUUGUGGAAUGAAGAAAUACACACGUAAACAAAUAAAAAGAUACAAAAGAUAAACCUAUUUUUGUAAACUAAAUAAAUAAUAUACACUAGUCUAUUUAUAAGUAUUAAAACCAUGGAUAUGUGCAGAAUUUGUCUUUCAAACUCUGCUGACCAAGAUAUACAAAAGUUAAAAUCAAAUGUUGAUGGAGCUCCGAAGAACAGUGUGGAUAUAUUAGACUUCUGCUUAAAUAUUAAGAUAGAAGAUUUAACAGUGAACAUGAAAUUGUGUGCAAUAUGUUUCAAGAAAGUUUUAUCUUUCUACGAAUUCAAAUGUUUAGCUUUGAAAAAUGAUACGUAUCUGAAGACAGUCGUGUUUCCUGAUAAUAAAAAUGAAGUGUUUUUUAAAGUCGAUAUAAAGAUUGAAGAUUUAAAUGGAAAUGACAGUCUUGGUGGAUUUCCUAGUGAUGUGAAGGAGGAAUUGUUUGAUGAGGAAGAUGCUUUGCAAGAUUACCAUUCAGACGACGAGCUAUUGAGUGUCAUAAAACAAAUGAAAUAUGAAAAUAAUGAAGAAGAUGAAGUUAAGGAGAAUAAUGUUACCUUACCUAAUGAAAAGAAAAAGGGUAAAGUCCAAAAGCCAAAAUCUGAAAGUAACACCCUGCAGGUUUGUGAAGAGUGCGGCAAGACAGUCAGAAGGAUGCGAGAACACCGACUGCUUCAUCAACCGCCCUCGAAUCGCAGGCGAUAUGAGUGCAAGGAUUGUAACAAAAUAUUUUCAUCAUAUGGUGCAAGGUACAAGCAUGUCAAAAUAAAACACCUAGGAAUGAAACAAAAGUGUCCCAUUUGUAAUAAAGCUGUGGUGAACCUAAAAUCGCAUGAGCUGUCAAUGCACAAGACGUCACUACUUCCUCAUGCAUGCUUGCUCUGUGAGCGACGGUUUCUAAGUCAAUCUUUGCUAGACAUACACAUGAGUUCGCACACCAAGGACCGGCCCUACCAGUGCGAGCUUUGCGAGAAAGCUUUCAAGACUAAGAUGGUUAUGUUGCAGCACAGGCGACAAGUUCACGAUAAAGAAAAGAUGCAUUUAUGUCAAUUCUGCUCAAAAAGUUUCUUCAAGAAAUCCCAUCUUCACUCACAUAUUAGAUCCCACACUAAGGAGAAGCCGUACGAAUGCAAGGAUUGCGGGAAACACUUCAGCACCAUAACAGUGCUGAGGAAUCACAUGACAACGCACAGCAACCUGAAGCUGUUCCAGUGCUCCAUGUGCGACAUGUCCUUCGCGAGACGCAGUUACCUUAAGGUCCACAUGGUCAUUCACACGAAGGAGAAGCGUCACGAGUGCAAGUACUGCGGCGUCAGGUUCGGCAGGUCGGACCACCGCAACAGACACCAGCUGACCAUCCACGAGCAAUACAGACAGCCAUACAAGCUGACCGACUUCGCAUUUCUACACGAUAGAAGUAAAGACCGUGUGAAUUAAUAGCUUUUGUAUUUUGACGGCUUUAUGUUUUAUGUUAUCGAGUUUAAUAUUAAAUAUUUAAUGUUAUCUAUCAAA